AAGGAAAACAUUUAACUAUACAAAGGACAUUGUCUCAUUGUCCAAAAUGUCUCUGAUUUUAGUGUCUCACUGCCCAAAAUGUCUCUGAUUUUAGUGUCUCACUGCCCAAAAUGUCUCUGAUUUUAGCCCCUGGAAGUUAAGCAACCAACAGAUGAAGGCUGUGCCACAGGAACACAAAUUUAGCUGGAGAGUAAGCGCAUCAAGUUACUCAGGUUGACAACACCUUGGCCUUUUGCAUUCCCACAUGAAUGGAUGAAGCAAUAGUGGCACUGAAGUCAAAGGCAAAAUUCAUAGUGACUUCUGUGAAACCUGGAUUUAAACCAGGAGGUUUUGAAGUGGGUGAAGACAGUCUUUUUCCUUCACCUGGAAGAAAUGUAUCUGUCUGUCCUGCCUCUAAACUCUGACCAUUCUGCCAGGAAUAGAAACUACAUAACCCUGGAAGUUUUCCAGAUUCAUAUUAAACCACUGCAAUAUUUCUUCUGCAAGUGAUUAUAAUUAUGAUACAACCUGAAUAUGCUGAAGAGAAAGUCAGUUGAUACAAAGCUAAAUGUAUUCCAGGAACACCAAUUUUCAGUAUCUCCCAGAGGUGUGCAAAUGAAGCUCAGAUAACCCAUUCAGGCUACAGAACCCUAAGAUGACACUAGUCUCAUUAGGAAUAAAACAGGCCAAACUGCCUGGCAGUGCUGAUUACCAUGUGCUUCAGAGAGAAAACCCAGCACUUUUUGGUGAUGUAAUUUCUAAACAAUCUGCCCUUCCUUUGGCCUAGACCUCCCAGGUCUUGAUGCAAAGUGGAUGACAGCAAACCCCAAUUUUCUUGUUUGAAGGUGAACAUGAUUUCAAAGAGCAGGCAUCAGUCUCGGAGAAGCUACACAUCAUUGCCAUGCUUCGUGUUAGUUGAGAUGGUGAUCAUGGCAGGGACCGUGAUGCUGGCUUACUACUUCGAGUACACGGACACCUUCGCCGUCAACGUGCAAGGCUUCUUCUGCUACGACGGCGCGUACCGAAAGCCCUACCCGGGCCCGGAGGACCGCAGCGCCGUGCCCCCGGUGCUGCUCUACUCGCUCACCGCAGGCGUACCCGUGCUGGUGAUUAUCGUUGGAGAAACUGCAGUGUUUUGUCUACAGUUAGCUACAAAGGAUUUUGAAAACCAAGAGAAAACAAUAUUAACUGGAGACUGUUGUUAUAUAAAUCCACUGGUGCGCAGGACCAUCAGAUUCCUUGGAAUUUACGCAUUUGGACUGUUUGCUACGGACAUCUUUGUAAAUGCUGGACAAGUAGUAACAGGGAAUCUUGCACCACAUUUUCUUGCACUUUGUAAACCCAACUAUACAGCACUUGGAUGUAAACAGUAUACACAGUUCAUCAGUAGCGUACACGCCUGUACUGGAAAUCCAGACCUUAUCAUGAAAGCCAGAAAGACAUUCCCAUCCAAAGAAGCAGCACUAAGCGUAUAUGCAGCUAUGUAUCUGGCUAUGUAUAUCACGAACACAGUAAAAGCCAGAGGAACAAGGCUUGCAAAACCUGUUCUGUGUUUGGGCUUGAUGUGCAUGGCUUUCCUUACUGGAAUCAACAGAGUAGCAGAGUAUCGAAAUCACUGGUCAGAUGUAAUAGCAGGAUUUGUUAUCGGAAUAUCUAUAGCAGUAUUUUUGGUUGUUUGUGUGGUAAAUAACUUCAGAGGACGUCAGCCAGAACAUGAACAUUCUCAUAUGGAUAAUCUGGCCCAGAUGCCCAUGAUCAGCAUACCCCGAGUAGAAAGCCCUUUAGAAAAGAACCACAUCACGGCCUUUGCAGAAGUUACAUGAUGUUGACGCUGAGGUCUAUUCCCUCCAUUGGACUUCAUCUCUUUUCACAGCCCACCCACGAUAAUUGCGGUGUUACCCAAAACCAGAAGUUUUUAGAAGUCCUGUCUCUGACUUGAUUUCUCCAUCAUUCAAACGAUACCGGCAUCUUGAAGAGGUCUGAAAUCUCAGAGCGUCACUUUACUUCCUAGCAAAAAGAUGAACUGUUUACUUUGGGAUGGGACAACCUGAGCACUAAUUCUCUUUUGGCUUCUCAUUGUUUUUAAUGUACCUAUUCCAGCAGCACUUCAUGUUUUGGUUUGACUUUGGUUUUUCAACUCUACAUUUUUAAUUCAGCAUGAACUUGUUUCCAUUUGAGGCGAUUUCAGUGUAUAAACUAGACA